UCCCAGACCUGAAUGCAGGGUUACCGCGCCCAUCUCUGCUGUUUGAUGGCCGGAGGAAGAAGCGACUGAGAUCCUGGCGUGAAGGAAGAAACAGAGGGACGACGACGGUGGGAACGAGAAGAAGGGCUGCUUGCAUAUAGUUGGAGUGUGCGUCGACACGUCGGAACGCUCUAACGGGACUCUUGACUCGUCUGCCUGGGUGAAAACCGCCUUAUCUCCGCGCCGGUGUAUCUCCCCCUCGGCGGGUCAAAAACUGGGUUCGGGGAGUGCCGCUCCUCGGAGGCUAAACUUCAUAAAUUUAAGCGCCUGGCCCUAACGGAGGAGACAACAUUUAGCUGUUUCUAGUCAAUGUGAUACAAACAACGGAUACCUUCGACUGAAAGCGGAUCAGCAAGAGUCUAGGCGGCGGAGCAAAGCACACCAUUAGCAGAGGAAAAUGAGUGAACUGGAUCAGCUACGCCAGGAGGCUGAGCAACUCAAGAACCAGAUCAGAGAUGCCAGGAAAGCGUGUGCAGAUGCUACCCUGUCUCAGAUCACAGCUAACGUUGACCCUGUUGGCCGAAUUCAGAUGCGCACUAGACGAACGCUGAGAGGGCAUCUGGCUAAAAUCUAUGCCAUGCACUGGGGAACUGACUCAAGGCUUUUGGUCAGUGCUUCCCAGGAUGGCAAACUCAUUAUUUGGGACAGCUACACCACAAACAAGGUCCAUGCUAUCCCGUUGCGCUCCUCCUGGGUGAUGACGUGCGCCUACGCCCCUUCUGGGAACUAUGUUGCCUGUGGUGGCCUGGACAACAUCUGCUCCAUCUACAACCUGAAGACCCGUGAAGGAAAUGUGCGCGUCAGCCGUGAGCUGGCUGGACACACAGGUUACUUGUCCUGCUGUCGCUUUCUGGAUGACAACCAGAUUGUCACUAGUUCUGGAGACACCACCUGUGCUCUGUGGGACAUCGAGACCGGUCAGCAGACGACUACAUUUGCCGGACACACCGGUGAUGUGAUGAGUCUCUCUCUGGCGCCUGACACCAGGCUGUUUGUGUCUGGAGCCUGCGAUGCCUCGGCCAAGCUCUGGGACAUCAGAGAAGGAAUGUGCCGACAGACCUUCACUGGCCACGAGUCGGACAUCAAUGCCAUCUGUUUCUUUCCUAACGGCAAUGCUUUUGCCACGGGCUCAGAUGAUGCUACCUGCAGGCUGUUUGACCUGCGUGCCGACCAGGAGCUGAUGGUUUACUCACAUGACAACAUCAUCUGUGGCAUCACCUCUGUAGCAUUCUCCAAGAGUGGCCGUCUACUCCUGGCUGGAUACGACGAUUUCAACUGCAACGUCUGGGACACAUUGAAGGGCGACCGUGCAGGUGUCCUGGCCGGUCACGAUAACCGAGUGAGCUGCUUGGGUGUGACUGAUGACGGCAUGGCAGUGGCAACAGGGUCCUGGGACAGCUUCCUCAAGAUCUGGAACUAGAAUCUGAAGAUGGCAUCCAGACUCCAAAGUUGAGUGCAAGACCAUUCCAACAUCACAAUGUUCAAUUUUAUUGCAUAUCCAAUCUUUUUGAGAAACACCAUGAUACUGACUCCAGACACCCCCACCCCACCCUCCACACCCCCACCCCCACACCCCAAAAAAAACUAUCAAGGGCAAAAAUUCUCUCCUUCUAUCUCCUUCUCGUUUAAAAGAGCACAACUGUUUGCUACCCAUUCAGCUACAAACAAAAAGGACAAAACGUAAAGUUAAAGGAAUUUAGUUUCAACGUGGACCGGAGGGGAAAAUUGUGCUUUCCUCCGAAGUGGUCUGGGAUUGUAAUUAGUGGAAAAAUAAGAAAACCCCACCCCAGCACUGCUUCAUUACAAAGCAAACGCAUCCUCAUUGUGCACAGGUCUGAGUGAAGGGUAUUACACGACAGUGAUCUAACUCUUAACAGCUUUUUGACCAUGUUUAUUUUAUUUUUUAUGUUUUCCUGAUGAUGCAUUGUUGAUGAGAGGUAGAUCAGUGAACUGUCAGUUUAAUGCUUAAAAUGAGGAUCAAAGCUUUGUUUCUUUUCCUAGUCUUUACACGUUUUAGAGAACGUUUUUAGGUAGAAAAGUAAAUUGAUCUCCAGAUCAUGUCUUUUUUUUUUUUUUUUGUUCUUUUAAGUCCAGCUUUAUCCCACAGGAGAACAAAGUGAGAGAAUUCAGCUUCAACAGGGAGUCCUCGAGCCACAUCUGGCCCUUCUGUAUAUUUAGCUCCAUGAUACUUUACCGUUUCCUUUUUCCUGUGUAGUCCACAGAUCUUUGUUUGCACAAAAAUUAAACUUUGCAUAUAUAGGAUAAUGUCUAAAGAGAAAAAAAAGUGAACUAACCAAGCACAUGCUGUUUAUGAUAAUGAAUGCUCGUUUUUAAAACGAAAAGAAGAAAAUACACACAUUUUAACCGUUCUUACACCUUUCUGUCUGGCAACAGUGUAGAAUAAUUAAAUGAAGAGUAACCCAUCGGAUCAUAAUCCACCCUGCUCCCUUUUUUUUUUAUUAUUCUUUUUUGUUUUUGUUCCCCCUCGUCUAGUUUCUGUUGCCCGUGCUCGGGCCCGGUGAUGUGAUUCGGUUGAGUAGGGACUCCCUCCACUUUAGCCUGGCUGCAAUCCGGACGUUUCUUUUAACAGAGGUGCCCAUUCCGUGCUUGGAAAUGCAGUUACUACUCUGUGAAUGACAUGUUGUAUAAAUCAAUGUUUGAAAAUAAUGAUAUUGAAACUUUUUAAGUUAAAAAAAAAAAGGAUUUUGGUUGUCUGCCAUGGGUGGGUUAUCUCUUAGAAUCGCAUGCUGUAGAAUUGCUUAAAAGGUGCAUAUGGAACUAAGUCCUUUUGAUGUUUUUACUUUAAGAAAAUAACCUGUUGAAUAUAUCAAUACAAUGGUAUUUAUACUUUUCUUUCUAUUUUACUUUUUUUUUGGCUACUCUGUGCAUACAUGAUUCAACCGAAACGUCAAAGCUAUGCACUCGAGAAGCGAACCCUGCAACAUUAAAGGUUACUUGGUCCAUAUUUUGGGAGGGAUUCCACAAAUUUUAGAAGCAACGUGAACGCUUAAAUUGUACACACAUGCGUGCAUACAUUCAUCCGCCUAAACACAAGCUGUCCAAAUGGAACAAAUAAAUUUUCAUUCCUUGUGUAGCAAACAAAAUUCCAUUUACAGAAACAUUUUGUAACAGGUUCUUUUUUUUUCUUUAAUAAGAAAAGUAAAAAAUAAAUAAAUCUUGCAGCAUCUGAAUGGCAGAAUUUUCUGUUGUUCCCUUCUUGUAAACAAAUACGCUCUUUCUUUAGCAGUAGUAACUUUUUUUUCCCUCCAUUUUGUUAUUUCUCUGCAACAUUCUGUACAAAAAAAAAUAUGUGCUGUAAUUGUGCGUUAGGCCUGGAGUUGGCAAAAAAUAAAACAAUAAAAAAUGUUAAAAAUUAAUUAAAUUCCUUUUCUCUUUCUCCAUCGAAUAACUGUAGAGCUCUGCAACCCUCCCCUCCACUGCUCCCCCUUUCACCUUUUGUAUUUAAUUUUCAAGUCAGUCAGUGUACAACCGAAAGCUGGAUGCAAGAUAGAAACUAUAUUAAAAUGUACUGUUAUUUAAGAUGUAAUAAAAAGCAGUUUGAGAUGACCUACUGUGUUGAGUGUGAUUCACUUAGAGCGAUUCCCACUGAAGCUAGAAUGUUGCAGACUGUUUGGUUUCCUUGUAAUUAUGUUUAAGUCAAAUAAACAAUUUCUUAUCCACUGUUGAAU